ACACCACGCGGACGGGAACACCCGAGUGUGCGAGUCACAAGCACAACCCACCGACUCAGUUGGCGACCAUGCGCCAGUGCGUGUCAACUCGUCCAUUCUCAGUUGAGCAACCAACCAAAGUGCUCAGCUUCUGUAGUAACCACACCACAACCCCACCAAGCAGAACUUCUGCUUCUGCUGCAGAAGCGUCGACAGACCCCCGUAGCGUAGUAUUGGCCCAAUCAAUUGAAGUUCAAUUGAAGAGUCUACACCAGAUCAGAUGCGCGUACUCCAUAGUCUCCCCUUCAACUCGUGUGGGGCCUUCUUCAAGUACUUUGGGUUGAAGUCUGCAGCUUGGCAAUGCAAGACAAAAGCUCAACAAGGUGAAUCCGAAACCAGAAACGUCUGGGAUAUCGUCGAACAUGAGCCAACCACACUCACGCAGAACCCUCCAAACCCAGCGAGUUCCAGGCAAGCUGGUCAUUCUCGAGACUCGACAGCAUUGCGCGACGAUCACUCGCCACCACCAGCCCAACCGGCUGAGCACGUCAUAUCGACUCGUCCGUCAGAGACGUGCAGGUCUGGUUCGCCGUCGUCAGCACCACCCGAUUCCAAGCUGACCCACAAUACGAGUCGUAUCGUAGAAGUUCUACGUCUGCAGUCUGGACGAGUCCACGAGCAACAUGCCGGCGGCUCCAAUUCCGUGUCAACCUCCAGCUGUUCAGGUUUCCAGCAGAGCAGCAGCAGUCCGUCGUCGUCCCCGCACUCGCACGGCUUCUCCCAAGUCGACUCGGACGCGUGGCUUCCGGCCCCUCCAGAUCUACCAGAGAACCUCGAUGGUCUGGCCUCGUUCGUCGAGCGAGCAAGCGCCGCCAACGCGAGGGAUAUGCAAUGGAACCAGGAAGAGCUCGACUACUACUCGGAGAUCCUGCGCGAGUCCGGGCGGUUCAAGCCAGAAUUCAGCAAAAGUGCCGUCGGCAGCGGCCACACCACCACCAGCAGCAGCAGCCACUCGCGACGAACUCAGAGCUACACGCAAGGUUUCCACCCGGUCACCUCCCUGCCCCCUCCCGACCACGCGAAACUCGACCGUAGGGCGACUGGGUGCACCUUCUGA